AUGUCUGUAUCAACGAGAAGCCACAACCUAUCUGCUAUAAACACGGAGUAUAGGGAACCAUCUGUUAUUAGCAUUGAAAGCGAAAGUGACGGUGAGAAUCUGGGUACUAAUCAAGAUUCCCCUUUUGAAUUGGAUUCAGAGUAUACGGUCCCCCAAGGACGUGGCCUAGGUUCAGUAGCCGACUAUUUGAGCCAAGGCAAUCAACGGACACGAGACGAUGAGACCGCUGAAGGCGGAGACGAUGAAGAUGGAGAUGAUGACGACGACGAAAACUACGAAGACGAAGAUGAUGGCAUGGUUGAUGGAGACUAUAUAAUCGAAGAUGGUGAGAAUGAAGCUGCAGCAGCAUCAAAGGAAGAAGUGAAUGAAUGGGCACGAGUCCAGCUGGAGAAAAUAGACCAAGACAUCGAGGCAGCGUCGAAUAAAAUCAAAGACCUCGAUGGCAAAAAGGAAAACACCGAAAUACGCGCUAUUAAUUGUAGAACGAGAUUCAGACUCGAAUUUGCAGCGAAAAAGAAGGGAGCACAUCAACUCGAAAAGAUCCACAAACAGCAGACGAUUGCUGAGAAGUCAUUCGAGAAAGCGAGCAAUGAGCUGCAAAAGGCGCAAGACCGGCUGGCGGAACUUGAAGCUCAACGGGAUGAUAUUGAAUUCAAUACAGUAGCGAAAUAUAACGAGGCGCUUCAGAAAUAUCGCCCUAAGAAACCACGAACAACGCAGAACCGUCAUUUUCCUCCUGAGCACAAUCUUGAGUCGGCUGAUGAUUCACUUGGCGAACGCUUGAAGGAACAGGAAAGAAAAGUUAUAGAAAAAGCGAGAAAGGCAAGAGAGGCGAGAGAAGCAAAAAAUAGGAAGAAGACAAAAGAGAUGAAUGAUACGAACGAGGGGGACGAGGAUGACAAGAAAAGUCAUGCUUGUAACCGUUGCAAGCUAGCAAAACAGAGAUGCACUUAUACGCCGGGCAACCCGUCAUGCGAUAAAUGUGCCAUUUCAGGCGAACGCUGUCGGUAUAUAGAUUAUUUUACCGGCCAACAGAUCCGGCCAAAUUAUCUUCAGGAUAAGUUAUCCGCACUCGCUGCUGUCAAAGCUGAACUUGCCAAUUUUCAAGAAAAGUCUGCAGUCUCAGUAGGUGCAGAUAACCCGUUGUCUGGCAUUACAGGUUAUGGACCACCGACACAAAAAUUGGCACGCCAGAACUGGGCCCUCCUGGUCCGUGGACACCCUCCUAGGCUACCUUUUCCUACACCUAGUCAAGGUGAUCAUUCGAGCUCGGUUUCGGUGAAGCGGAAGUCACCAACCGACUCGAUAGAAGGUGAGUCCUUGCAGCCAGUGAAACGUCAGCGACAGACGGAGUCACAGUCCAAUCCGCCGCCAAAAAAAUAUUCAUUCCAGAAUGCAACCGCCGAGUCGUUUGCCGGGCCUUCAAAACAUAGCAGGAAGUCAGGACAGACAUCUUCAACUAGGACAAACAGGGAAACCACUAGACACCAUCAACUACAAUCAGAAGAACAAAGCCAGCAGCGUGACCCUCCCUCAUACGAGUUUACUUUUGAAUAUCCUGUUCCUUCUGAAGACCUUUCCACUCAUUCAACGCAUCUACCCACUGCGGAUCGACCCGUAAUCAACGCUGGUGGUGUUAGCAACACGAAACUAUGGUGGGCGAAGAUGAUCUCGGACCGGGGUGGAAAGUUGCAUGUGGAUGUACUUUACAUGCCUGGCUCGCCUAGAUGGUCUGAUUAUAUGAACGAGAAGCAACAACUCUGGUUCAAUGCUUUGUAUUCUGCUGGGAUUCAAAUUCCGUUGGUGGAAGGGAAGAGCAUCGAGGAUGACGGAGAUAUAGAGCCCGUAUGGCCGAGUUGGACUAGGGUGCCGGAGGCGUUGAAUGAGAAUCAGAGCAGUUACUUGACAGAGGCUGUCCAGGGGGGCGUUGAGAUCCGUGAAUUCCAUGGUCAGGAUGGCGUAGCGCAAGGGACAGUGGACUGGGAGUUUGCUGAUGCUCAAGAUCAGUCUCAAGGCCAGUCUCCAGCUGAAUAG